UUCCUGAAGCCAGUUCAGGUGAGCGUGUGUUCUCUCGGUUCCCUUUUUAUAUAAAUGGGGAAGCUCUGUCUCUAUAAAAGUAAUGUAGUCCUUGUCAGGAAAUCCCCCUUUGAUUUUCUUUUUUUUUUUAAACAUUGAAAGGCAGCGAUUGGCUCAGGGCCGGGUCUCAUAGUCAGCUGUAGGCCAGGAAUGUUGCAUCUGAUAUACGUGUUCACUGCCGACCCCAGGAAGGAGGAAGUUGCAGCCGCAAGGCAGGAAAUAAGUCAACGGCCAACUUCAAUGUUUGUGUCCAGACUACUUUAGUUCAGCUUUUAUUCCUUGAAGCUUGCAGCUAGCAGAUAGGCGUGGAGCAGGGGACAACAUUAACUUCCCCCCAUCUCUGUCAUUUUAAGUACUUGUCCCCUCCGCUCAGCAUGCGCCUGGUCUUCCGGAUCAUGUGUUUUACCUAAUGGCUACAAAUAUAAAAAGAUCACAGUCGCUGGCAGUUUCUUUCGAGAGGAGGACCAUCAUGUGUCGGCAAGACGCGAGAAUGAUGGCGUCAGACGAGCCCGGCUGGCCAACUCCCAUGAAAGCCAUCGGGGCCCAGAAUCUACUGACAAUGCCCGGAGGAGUCACGAUCUCAGGAUACCUGCACAAAAAGGGAGGAAAGCAGUUCCAGCUCCUGAAAUGGCCCCUAAGAUUUGUGAUCAUCCACAAGGGUUGUGUUUACUACUUCAAAACCAGCACUUCCGCCACUUCACAAGGAGCCUUCUCGCUUAAUGGCUACAACAGGGUCAUGAGGGCGGCAGAAGAGACUACAUCAAGUAAUGUGUUUCCAUUCAAAAUGGUCCACAUCAGCAAGAAGCAGCGCACAUGGUACUUUUCGGCAGCAUCUGAAGAGGAGAGGAAGAAGUGGAUGCUGUCCUUAAGGAAAGAGAUCGAUUAUUACCAUGAAAAGAAGGAGACAGUGACAGAUUUAAGCGACCCUGACUCUGAUUCUGACAGCUUCUAUGGCUCUGUGGAACGCCCUGUGGAUAUUAAAUACACUCACAAUCUGUCUGAUGAUCAAGACGAAGAUGAUGACGAUGAUGAUGAGGACGACUACGAAAAACUCGAUGGAGCGGAUGAGAAUGCACCAACAUAUCCACCGCCUCCUGUCCCACGGAAUCAGAGAAACGGCAAUGCUUCUGUCAAGCCAAGAGCCAAGUCUGAUGUUGGACUGCCCUAUAAGCCACCGCCUCCUCCGACCCCUCCAUUAACAAAGACGCUGCCUCUUGCUUUUGACCACGAAAGGAAGUUUCCAAGGAAAGAAUCAGCAAGCCAUCUAGGCUUUUCAUGUGGGCCACCACCUCAUAAAAUAGAAGCGUUUACUCCAAAACUUCCUGCUCACAAAAAGACUACAUUUGACCUAACUGAGAAAGAUCCACAUCCGAGGGAAGAUUUAAUUGGCUCGUCAGAUUCUGUUCCAGGUUAUGAUCCCUGUGGGCUUACUAUUAAACCACCUUCAUCAUCACUACAGCUAGCAGUUCGCCGUGUUGAUCCACCUGCCCUGCCUCCUGCUUCUUACCCAAAGAAAAAUGGUUUAAGCUGUAAACCUUUUGCAAAGCCCAGUACACAGAUAAUUUGUAACACUGUGAACAAAGAACUUGCCGACAGAUUUAGAAUGUUACCUGUUUCAUUACCCGUCCCUCCUAAACCUUCUGUAAAACCAAGCUCUUCCUCCAAUGCACCACCACCUCCCCCUCCAGUGAAACCUUCCAUUUCAUCGUCUACUCCUCCAUCUGUUACAAUAGCUUCUCAUAGCCCUCCAGUCCCACCAAUCAAACCCAGAACUCUCACUGUUGAUCAGAAAGUGGAGAGGAUGCCACAGAAGCCAUCCCCUAUACCCCGCCAGCCAGGAAGAAGGUCAGAGAGUGAUAAACCUGAGCCUACACCAAAGCUGAGAUUGCCACCUGAUGGGCAAAGUUUCAGAGGUCUCAGCACAGAGGGUCCUGCUCACCCAAAAAAGCCGAAUAGAAAGUGUAAUAUGAGUGACAGUGAUGAGGACUACGAAAAGGUUCCCUUACCUGUCUCUGUAUUUGUUGAAACCAAUGAUUCUGUGGAAGUGGAAAGAAUAUUCAAAGCUGCAAGCCCGGGCGGAACCCCCCAGAAUGGCUUAUUCUGUAUACGAAAGUCUGCUAAGGCCGGAAAGGUUCUAGUUGUUUGGGAUAGAGCCGUUGAGAAAUCAAGGAACUACAGGAUAUAUCAAAAGGGAUCCAAGUAUUACCUGGAGGCUGACUUGCUUUUCCCAGAUGUUGAGAGCUUGGUGGAACACUACUACACAGACAAAUUACCAGGCCAAGGCACACCACUGGUUCUCCAGCAUGCCUACGGCUGCUCUUUUCCAAGGUGACACAAAGAGAACACGGGAGAGUUCAGUAGUUGAACAGGUUGUUAUACGAGUUGGCACAUAGUCCCCACACUGGAACAGAAGACUAUGGGCACUGGCUAAAGGCUGACCUUUCCCUGUUGAUAAACCAACUCAGGGUGCAGGCGUAUCAUUGACAGAAACUCGUUCUUCAAUAUGGGCUGGACAUCAUAACUGUGAACUACUGACAGAGGCCACCAGAGAAUAGUGGAGACUUCCACUUUUUAACUGUAGAGAGAUCCGCUUUUUAUUUAUUUUGUUCUGAAGAAAUCCAAUCACUUGCUUUCUCUACUAAAAGGACUUAUUUUUAUAACAAAUUAAACUUAAAAAAAACACUUUGUUCUGACACGUCAAGUUGGACAGAUACUGGCAAAAAAAACGGGGCAACAACAUUAAGGCUACUGUGGCUAGAGGAACAGACCACAGUGACUGAGAGAGGGGUGAUGGCUGUGGCACAUUUGGUCAGAGUAAAGGUGGCUAUACACCAUAUGAUCCGCUCAUUUAACAAGGUCGCCAAACAAGCUGAUCUUUCCCCGAUAUGCACCACCAACAGCAGGAGGAUAUAGGGUUAAUCCAAACGGCCGAACGAUCGGAUUACAAGGAAGAGACUGGGCGCCGACUGGAUGAGGACCGCAUCAGAAAUCAACACCUCCCUGAUCAAUCGCUUGGUCAGAUAUCGAUCGGGGAGACCCGUCAGAAGCCUCAUACACUGGCAGAUAAGCUGGCAAAUCGGUCUAAAGGACAGAUAUCGGCACCUUUAUUCUGGCUCCUUUAUGAAGGAGGCUACAUUCUAGUGUUAUAUGACAGUUAGUAAAGAAGUCUGAGGCAAAGACCCCAUAACGUGGGUGAAAGCAUAUACUUAUUAGCUCAAGUGAUCCAUGUCCUAAUAGUAAAGUUCUAGACAAAAUUGAAACGACUGUGACUAGAGUAACAGACCACAGUGACUGUGCGAGAGGGGUGAUGGCUGGGGCACAUAUUCAUCAGCCUGCAGUUCAGGGUAUCCCACUUAUCAAGUCCCAGACAUAAUCUAUUAAAGCAGUUUUAGUGGUUCAUGUAGUGGUUCAUGUCAUAUGUGACCCAGCUAUUCCGAGGGUUCAGAACUCUCAAAACAAUGCAACGUCUCCCCUCUUUUUGCCACUAACCUAUAUCAAAAAUAUUGCAUUAUAAUACUCACUCUUGUACUAUUUAGAAAAUAUUCUUAAAGGGCAUGUAAAGGCAAAAAAAUUAAAUCCCAUUUUUACUCUCUUUAAUGAAAAAGAAACCCAUCUCCAAUAUACUUUAAUUAAAAAA